AUGUCUUACGCAGCGCCAGCUUAUCCAAAAACAAUUCCCUGCGGAACCGCUUACAAUCUUACUAUUGAUGCUAACACAUCCGCUAUUGAAGGAUGGUGGUGUGCAGAUGCUAUAUUGUCCAACUAUGAUACGAGAGUUCCUAACCUCACUUAUUCCGAAAUUUCUUUAUCUUGCCACGGCAAUCAAUUUUUGACAGCAUACGAAAAUACCACUGUAGUUGAGGGCCUCCUUUGCGGUCUCGGACUUUAUUCCUCUAAUUCUAGUAUUGAGAUAGCUACUAAGAAAAACGACAGCGAUAAAAAUGGUGUCAAUUGGAUCCACUUGAUGAUUGUUGGCUCGGUUUUUGCCGCCUUGGUUUUUUGA